GACCCCCAGAACUUCGAUCCUUGUCGUCGCUGGAUUUCGGGGCUGUGGGGUGGAGAAAGACAAGAAGAAGAACAAAAAAAAAAAGGGAAAAGUGAGAAGAGGGUGUGUGUGUGUGUGUGUGUGUUGAAGACGUCGUCGGGACUGCGGCGGCGGCAGCAGUGUGUAUAAACUAGCGGCGGCCGGUAGAGCAAAAGUUGUCUGUUUGGCAGAGUGUCCAAAAGUCUGCCCGUUCGCUGUCGCGUACUGGCGCAGUCCGCCCGUCAGCGUUUUUGUCCCCGUGUGAAACAAAAGUGCGCGCUGGUUUUUUUAUUGUUUACGUGUCGUGUUAGUUUGUGUGUGUUAUAUGGAAUGUGUCUUCGUGCGAUGUUGUUGUUUUAACGUUAAUUAAUUGCGUGGAUGUUGUCUCCUGUCCAUCGAACUGGAUGUUUUUGGAAAACGUACGUCAGUUGGAAUUUGGCAGGAGUUUUACAACUAGAAUGUUCCUUGUUUUGGUUUGGAAUUGAAAGAAAGCGAUAGGGACGUGCUCUAGCGUCUGGCCACGCAAGUUCCAACUUUAAACCCAAAAAAUAAAAAUCAAUCAGUCCGCAGCACUUGCCCAGGGAGCCAAUCAGAAGAAAAAAGGAAACGCAUGAUGAUGGAUACCAACAACGCCAGCAGUAACAACAAUAACAGCCGCCAAGUGAUUCUAGAAGGCGGACUACCGUGGGGCUUCCGCAUUCAGGGCGGCUCUGACACGGGCGUCCAGCUCCGCAUCGCUCGCGUGAAUCCCGGUAGCAAAGCGGCGUUGCAAGGUAUUCGCGAAGGCGACGUGAUCACGUCGAUGAACGGCCAACCGACCGAGCGUGAAGUCACCAACAGUCAAGCUCACGCACUUCUUAAAGAAGCCGGACCUACUCUCCGCCUUGGUUUGAAACAGGGGUCCACUUUAACGAAGAGGCUCUUCAAAUCAUCGAGUGGAGCUUCGGUUUCAUCAGCCGGAGACGUCAGCUCGGACAACGCCCCAACCAGGAAUCAACAAACAAUUGCAGGUAACGGCGGCGUAGCCGCUCAGUCGACGUCUGCCAGUCACAACAGUAGCAACAACGGCGCAGUCCAAUCUUCAACAUCCACAACUAACAAGCCAACGUCGCUAACUAGAUCAGAAGAAGAUCGGCCGGAAGACAUUGUGCCGGAACGGCCAGCUCGAAGCCCGAAGAACAAGCGGCCUGGUGGUAAAUGUAGUAGUAGUAGAGCUACAGCCAACAACAACAAUUACAACAACAACAACAACAGUGGAACGGAAGAAAGUGAAGAGGAUAACGGCGAAUGUUCGUCUAUCCGCAUUCCGGCAGCAAUCAAAUCGCCGACUCCAGCGCCGACAGACGAUCCGCUCGAAGGCAUUCAUUCCAUUUUGUCUGAAAUGGAAAGAGAAAUCCGACACACCGGAGUGGAUCCGCAGCAGGAAACGAUAGCGGCCCGUCUUCCGGAGGGAGCGUCGGUCGAGCCGCGCAUUGGCGGAUUGACGAUCGAAGAAUUUAUUCACUUUCUCGCCCUCCUGGAACGCGUGAAAGAACAACAUCUGGACACGAAGGAGUCGGAUGAGGAUCCAGCUCGAUCCAGCCCGAAUGCGCUUCCGGCGGAACGAACCAGUCCGUACGACAACAUUAUCAAAUCGUUGGGACCCGAUCAUCCGCUUUACUGCAAUGUGGCAACGUCGCCAAGGACGAGUCCGCCUUCCGACGAGGAACGGUCCAGAUCAUCCGCAUCUUCGUCUCCGUGCUCGUCGGAUGAAGACGCUGGACAAUUUCAGCUGCCGGAUAAGCCCGGAAUUCCCGGAUUCUCCUUCCUCGAGCGGCUCUUUCUCCGCCGCUACUUGCACGUCAUUCCGGAAGAGGUGGCUAGCGAUUGCGGAAGCCACAGCGCUCGUCUCAGCCGAGCCCUCAGUGGACUCUCAUCCGCACUGAGUUACUUGGAAGACGCGGAUGACGAUCGAUUUUCACACGAAUCCAUCGGAGACGAGUAUCGCGAUUUUGCUUCCGGCGGCUCCUUAACGCCCGUGCCGCCUCCGCCGACCACAAACGACGAAGAAGUCGAUCCGCUUCUAGUUCCUUUAGAAGCGCAAUCGAAAGGCAAAGCGUCCGAACGUGUUCCGCCUGUCGCUCACGGCCAUUCCGCGCCAGACGACCGGCCGGAUGAAAAUGCCGACUCCAAUUCACCGCCGGAAUCGCCCAUUGAAGCGACUGUUACCCGACAUCCGUCAGAGGACGAGUUCUCCAUCGUGUUGGCCGUGCCCGUCAUGAUAGUCGAUUCCAGCGACUACGACGAGCCGGCGGAUUCGGCCGCCGAAGAUCGCAACUCUGUCACCUCCGCAACAGCUUCCAGCCUAGCGGAAGAAGAUGGGGAUCGUCCGCCGGGUUUCCCGCAAGUGCUGGAAGAGCUGAACGUUCGAUCGAACGAUCAGAAAGCGGAAGAAAAACGGGCGGAAGGAGAUCAAAUGGAUGAGGAAGAGAAUCAAAGCGAAGCGACUUCAUUGGCCGAUUACUGCGAGCUGCUUGACGAAUCGGCGUUGCCACUCAGCGUCCUAAUGAUGCAAACAUCCGGCUGUUGUCGUGACGGCGAUGAAACGGGCCAACGAGCGGAUUCAGAGCGGAACGACCCGACGGACGGAUACGGAUGUUCGUGUUCGCUCGGCUUCAGCGACGACGACGAUGAUGCAGCCAACAACGUGACCGUCAUAAGCGAUGACAAUCAUCAAGAGCCGCAGAAAAUGGACGAAAUGGCAACGCUGGAUGAAGUUGCCGGAUCGAAUGGAACGACGGCCGUAGAAGAAAAAGAGAUGAGCCGAGUAGAACGAGGCGAUGAUGAUGUCGUUGAUUGCGGGGGUCCAAUUUUGACCGAGUCCAUUAGCGAUCCGGCUGGAGAAGUAACGGUGGCUGGAACAUCGGUAGUGACGUUGAUUGACGCUAAAAUCGUCAGCGUUGAUUACGAACCCGUGCAGUUGAUUUGUUCCAGCGCCCGACUUUGUCGCGUUCCUGGAACGGCCGACACUCUGGAAGAGUUCCAGGACGACAAGGUGGCCUCGCACGCUGAAAAUAGACAAUUAGCGGGCGAUAAUCCAGCGGAACUCGAGACGGAUAAGACGAUAGGGCAAGUAACGAUUGAGCCAACUGAUCCGGUCGCUUUUCAAACGACGAACGUGUCACAAACGGACGAUUCCGAACGACUGGAACGCCAAACGACGUCGUUGGCGGAUGGCGGGAAUCGGGAAUGCGUUCCGCUCGGCCAGGGCGUUUGCAGUUCGACGACGGAAAAACACGGCCACGUUGUGGAUGAAAUGCGCAGGUUGUGGGAGAUGCGCUGCAAUGCGGAUGCAUCCGCAGGCCCGUCUUUCCUUCCUCAUCGCGAUGCCAAUCCGGAGCAGGAUUUGGCAUCCGCCGAUGAUGGGUCGGAUCAUUCGACUCCCGUUCCGCAAGAAGAACCGCUAGCCGCAAUUGAAUCGUCGGCCGUAGCGAUGGAUUCAGUUCGCAUGAAAUCCAUUCAAGAAUUUCGGAUGCUUUGGUCCGGAUGGCCUCCACCUCCUCCCCUACCGCCUCCUCCGGAACAUUACGGCGCAUCCGAAACGGAAACGGGCUAUUCGACUGACGGAUCGGAGCCGUUCCGCCAACGACGUAGGCGGGCAGCUCUUGCCAAUUCUGGUCCGACGCCUCCGCCGAGACCAACGCCACCUAGGGACGAAAGUUUGUACCGCUCACGAACCGAUGCGUCCGUUUGUCGCGAUCGUCGCCCCGAACCGCCGCUAAGGUACCAGCCGUACCCGCAGCGCUUCCAGCCUUUAUGCUACUAUUCCGCACCGGAAGCGGAAGACGACGAUGACGAUGAGAGAGUUAAAGCUCGUCUGCUGGCCGAUUGGCUGGUCUUAGCCAAUAGGAAACGGAGCCAGUCGCCUUGUAGCGGCACCUAUCGAUCAAUCCAGCGUUCCAAUUACAGCACGCUGACGUCGACGACGACGACGACCCGUGAAACAUCCGCCCGCGAGUCGGAAUCGGAAGCUUCGGACUACAACGACCGUCACGAUUGCGCUACCGUCCGUCGCUACCGUCACGACCGCAGACUGCAGAGAGAUGACGAAUCCCAUGGAUCUUCGUCAUCGCUUUUGUCGACGCCCUAUCAAGCCAGCAGUCCUAAACCAGGUGUUUGGUCACCGGGCCAGCAGCAAAGCCCUCCGGAAAGGGACAACAACCACCAGCAGCGACAAGAGCAACAGCAGCAACCAUCGUCGAUUUCUUCCGGCACGCAGCCGCCAAUUUGGAUCCCGUCCAGCCAACAGCCCAGCCCGAAAUCAGAACGGAAAGAGUUUCGGCCAGUCCGUCUUGAAGCGUUGAAGAAACAGGCGGCCGCCCAACAGCAGCCUCAGCAGCGAGAGGGAGGCCAGAAACCACUAGGUGGCACCAAACCGGCAGCGCCGACUAGUUUGCCACCUUUUACCACCAACACAUCCACGCCAGCCUCUCAGCCUUCCGCAUCCACUUCCAACGCCCCAACCACCUACUCCUCUUACUUGUACCCGUCCAGCUGGGACAGCCAGCGUCAGCAAAAUGCCACGCCGUACGGCAACAACAGCGCCAACAGCACGCCCAUAAACACACCGGCCAGCGAGCACUCGGUUUUGACCAGCACUUCGACAAACUUUUCCGCUUUGUCGUGGGAUCGGAGAACAAACGGUGGCUCCACUUACAGCGGCGGUUCGGGUUCUACUACACCUACACCUUCGUUACAGCCUUUGCUGUUGCCAGCAACAUCUUCGACGCCAACUAGUCACCUGCCCAAGGUGCCAAACCCUACGGUCACUCUCCUACAGAAAGCCAGAGAAGGACAGUUACCGAAAGGUGCAGCUUAUCUGGAGACACCCAAACUAGGCGAACGUUCCGGAAAUCGCUUAGGUCAACCACCUCCGCCCCAGCAACUGCACCGUAGCCCAUACGAACCAGUGUACAGCAUCCAGCGGGAGUAUUGCGUGCCGUCUUCUGCGGCGAGCGCCGCUGUUGCGCCGUCAAGCGGCGACGAAAAUAGCCAACAGCCGUCGGCAUCGCAGCAAGAAACGCGCAAGUUUGUCGAUCUGACGGCUAACAAAUUCAGUGGUGUCGGACCAGUCUCUAACGAAGGCGUUCCCAUCGCUUUGCGCUCGGGUAUCAGAGAAGAAGAAGAUCAUCAUCAUUGGUACCGGCGUAUGUACGAGUCCUUGCACAGGACAGGAGGUCCAGGAGAUUACGUCACUGUACGCUAUAAAGCUGGUCGUGGUCGAGGUGGAGGCUAUCAAUCGGAGCCGGAUCAGAACAAUCGCUACGAUUACGAUUCAGAUGCCGGCCGUUACGCGACGUUAGAUCGAAGACGUCAACGCAUCCACAACGACUCCGAAUCUAACGGCGGAUCACCUUCGCGAAUAACGAAUCACGAAUCGGAAUCAUAUCGUUAUCAACCCGGCCGCAUUGAAGAUUACGAACCGGGAAUCCGAUCCUCAAUCACCCAACAGCAGCCAACCAAACAGUCACCUAAGAUCAGCAUCCCGAGCAAAUCCUUUACGAAUUUCGCUUUAAAAGAAUCCGGCUACGAGAGUGACUCUCAGCUUAUCUUCCGGCGGCGCUAUCCCAACGAUUCAGCCGAAGCGGGUGGUGGGCAGACGACACCGGCUACCGAUCCGCAAGAGCAGCGUCUUUGGUACCGUGACAUCCAGCGCGGAGGCGAGGUUCCAUUGCACGGACUCCGCAAACAGCAGCCCGAUCGACCACAAGACGAUCCAGGCGAAUUAUUUCUUGCUGAUCUUCGGAUAGGCAACAGCGAAAAGAAGCGCAAAAGAGAUCCUUGGCGCUACAUCCGUUUCAAAUCUAAAUCUCCGACGCCACCGUCGACGCAACAGCGACGUAAACACAGAUUCCUAUCCGUUCCGGCUGUUUUGAACCGGUUGCAGAGCUGCAACAUGUUCCGCAGCGGAAGCAGCAAAAGGCAGUCUAGCGCCACUAGCAGUCCGAACGCGUCCGAGGAGCGGAAACAAAAGAACGCCGGAAUGUCGACGGUUAAAACGACGGCAUCCGUCGGUACGUCGACGUCGUCCAAGGGCAAAACCUGGCGCCGCAUUAAAUCCGGAAGCGGAUCAAGUGGAAACGGGGGCAGUAAAAAGAUGUCGAAACUCUCGGCGUCCAGCCCCAUCGACGGAGGCUUCGUUCAGCGUGAAGAAAGUACAACGCCCUUGCCGGAAGACAUUUCCGCCCUUCCGCAGGCUGUUCCACAUCCACCGACGCAACAGGAUUGCAAGCAAAUGGAGCCAUUGCCUCCGCCUCCGAUUGAAGAUAUGCUGGUUGAUAAUCCGCCGCAACCGCCUCCGCCACCGAAGGUAGUGACGGAAUCGCCGGAAGUAAAGCAACGGUCAACGCAGCAACGCGUCCCGUCCCGUCCAACGCUUCCGGCAUUUCCGGCGUUUCCGACCUUGUCUCCUCUUCAAUCGCGACCGGCCAAGAAGAAAGCGGCGUCGGCUGGAAGUAAAUCGGAACCGGCCCUGAAUGUCUAUCUGAACCACCGUCAGAUGGUGUCGCAAUCGAAAUUCCGGCGGAUGCAGGAUGAACAACCAGCUGUGGAAGAAACACCCAAAAUGACCCGAUACCAAAAACUGGCCCGUGACACCAAGAAUCUCGUGGCCAGGAUAUCCGGAGAGAUUCCUAGCACGGAGAAAAUCCGGCAAGCUCUUAAACUUCCGGCUGGAGGGGCAACCAAUGGAAAUGGCUCCAACGGCAAGACGCACUCGGAUGUGGACGUAACCGACCCGGAGUUCAUUUGCGACGAGCAGACGGCCGCCAUUUUGUUAGCCGAGCUGGAAGGCAACUCGGAGCCGCAGAAAGCUGAAAGCGGAAGCCAAGCGGAAUCUGUAGCCCAUCCGCCGCAGCAGCAAGACAAAGAACAAGAGAAGCAACAGCAACAUCCAAAAGAAGAGGAAGAUGUUGGGGAACAUUAUCAUUACGUUGUUCCGCUCGAAACUAGGAUGGAUGACGGAGAAUGUCGCUCUUCCGCCGGAAGCCCGGAAUACAUCAAGACUCAGCGUUUCACUCAGCUUCGCUCGUUGUACCGCAGUUUGGAGCGGCUCAACGAGCUGGAAAAGCUGGUGCCGACGGACGAAUUGAACCAGGUGGCCAGCACGGAUGGCAUCAUCGAUUUCGACUUGUGGCGUCGAUUGAGACAGCGCGAAAAGGCCCAGGAAGAAAUGCGCAACUUGGCCACGUGGAUCCAGGCCGCGCAACGGGAAGGCGAGUGCUACUUUGGCACGUCGCCUCCGCCCAAAUGGCAGCGCGGAGCCGAUCCGGGACUCCGCAUUAAAGAACAGUCGGUCCGCAUCUUGGCGGAUAAAUACAAGACGCUGGCGGAAGCGAAGCGCUAUGCUACCCAAUCGCUUCCUAGGAAUUUCGGGCAAUGUCCUGACGGAAGCCGUGCGGAAUCGCCCGUUUCGGCCGGUCGAGUUAGCCGCUCCAGCCAGAGACGCAGUAGUUUAACUGGAAAACAAAUGGCCGUUUUGAAAUCUCAACUUUCCCGCGUUUAUACUCCGCCCAGUCGUUACGAGACGGUUGUGUCUCCGCAAAGAGCUCCCCGCAAGCUUCCGGAAUCAUUACUCAACCCAACGCUGUACGUCCGGAGCGUCUCCGAGUCCAGCCGCGAUUGCACUCUUGCCAGACUGGAACAGCGUCGUAAUCGGUUGAUGGAAUCUCAGAAGGCUCUGUCCAUCGCCGGAGUCGGAAGGGCCGUCGCCCGUUCUCAAUCCGCAUCCUCCCCCAAGCCGUCCAACAUUAGCGAAGCGGAGCGCCGUACUCUAUCGAUGCGUCUCGGCGCUGAAGUUAAAGAGCGUUACAUGACGGCGGCCAAACCGGCCGUCCAGCAACAGCAAUCCACCAGGGCGGCCAUCCAGUACGUCCAGCAACUCAGCCAGCACAUGUCCCGAAAAUUAGCCGCAUCGCCGCGGGUGUUGUCUCCCAGUUCGCCGGGACCUUACCGGACGCACCAAUCACGCAGUUCGUCUCGCGAAAGCUCGGCCAGCAGCCAACAAGACUAUUUGCUAGUGCUGACACCACGCGGACGGAACAAUGCCGACGUAGAAUCAGCCGUACAGGAAUGGGCGGACUCGACCAUGGUCGCUAAAACUCCUUCGCCAACUCCCGCAGUUCCGCAGCGCUCGAGUAGUCUGAACAUCCGGGCCAGCUUGGAUGAGGAUUCGCACAGUUCCAACUCGUCCGUCCAGACAGUCAUUCAUCGCGACGUCCAGAAAAAAGUGGAUUUUUUCGAGAAAGUCAUUGCCGACUCGGUUGGGGAUCCCUGCGACGCGGGCGUCGUUCCAUUCCGGACGACUCAAAGCGUCAGCGACCUGCGCAGGUCCGCUUCCACGCUGGUGGGCCGUCGCCGGACUCGCUCUGUUGUUGUUCCGCAGAGGUCGCAGAGUUUAUCGCUGCAUCGGCCCGGAUCAGCGGCUUCUGCUUACGGAUCCAUGACGGAUGUUCGUCUCAGCCAGUUGAUGGAUCGGGUCAAGAGUUUAUCGCCCAGUCCGUCCGGCCGUAGGUCAUCUCCCGGAAGCGUUUCGGGAGGCGGAUCGCAUUAUUUGAAUUUGGUGAAGAAAGGGGAUGUUGAGAAGAAGUGCCAGUACUUCAGUUCGCCGCGAGUGGACCAACAAAAUCAGCAAGCGCAACAGCAGAGAGCGGCGCAGAAACAAUCGCGGCCGGUGACUCCGCAAUUAUCCAGCCGAUCCGUUCCAGAUUCUCUUCCGCUGUGGAGCGCUGCAGAGAAAUUUAAUCGCAAUAAAACGGUUAUCAAAGGCCAAGAGAUGGGUGAUGUUAGUUUUAUCAAACGUCGUUACGAGCAAGAGCAGCCCCGGAAUCGCUUCCGGAGCCAGUUUGGUUCUACUUCGACUCCAUCGCUCCAGGAUGGUGGAACAAGCGGAAGUUUCAGCUGGAGUCGCCGCUUGGCUGCUGCUGCUAACAAACGGGUCUCGUUCCCCAAUUUCUCUUCUCCGAGUCGAGCUGGAAGUCGAGCCGGAAGUGACACCGGAAGCCGAUCCGGUGGCAAGAAAUUGGAUUUCACUCGGGUCAAGCCGACUUUGCUCUCUUCCGCACGUCUAGCCCUCCGCCAAGCGCAGACGGCCGCUGAUCCGACGGCUCAUCACCACACCAUUGGCGGAAGAAUGAGCCGACCGGUCACGCGUACCUCUUCGGCCGCCGGCGGUGGAUCUUACUCCGAUAUUCCGUCCACCAUUUCUUCCGUCAUUUUGGCCAGCAACAAUCACACGACCACCACCGCAGGAAACCCAACAAGCAAAACUACUGUGGCCAGUCCCGACAUGAGCCUGAAAUCUACUUCGGAAGGAUCAAUCCGCAGCCGACGUUCCAUGUCCAGUCCUCUUCCGGCUAUUCCGGUAAUCGCUGCAAAUCCGUCCGGCGCUAACGUUAAACCGACUACGGAAACAACUGCUACUCAUUUUGUUGCUAAAGAAUCCGGCAGUGCCAAACCGCCGACAUCCAGCAAAGCGACGCCGACAGCCCAAUCACCAUCCGCACAAACGCCAGAGGGCGAUUACCAAGCCUUGGCCUCUUCCUCCUCCCACACUGGCACUUUUGAUCCGUCCAUGCAUCAACCGACUUAUCGCUACACUCCGCCGCCUCCGCGUUCGGGAGGUAGACCCAACCGGAUCAAUUCCAUUUACGAUUCGUACGCCACCUAUCCCCGCCAUCGAGCCGGAAUGCAGUCUCCAACUCGUCCUCCUCUUCCAGCCCAAUGGGCCCACUUAACCAGCCCCCGUAAACCAGCCAGAUCGUCGAAUCCAGCAGGCGCAGCGCACAGGUUUGCCGAAUCGGAGGUGACUAUCCAUUACCGCAGUCCGAUCCGCAAUCUGCAGCAAAGCGGCCAACAACAGACGGACAUUGACGAGGAAGAAUUGAGGCAAAUGCAAGCUGAACAUAUGAGACGUGUUUAUGAACAAGAGCGUCGUCGCAAAUACAUCCAGGAAUUAGAAGAUAUCGAAUCUCGGCGACAUAUGGAUAAUUUUACGCCACUGAUGAAAUCGCCUAUCCCGUUGAACCGUUACGAUGACUUUAUGGAUGACCAACCGGUGCCUCUCGGACGUCCUGGCAGCCAGAACCACCAACAGCGUGACAGAACUCCCGAGCCAAAAAUAGUGGCUCGGGGUCUCUACAAUUUCGUGGCUCAAAACGCCAGGGAAUUAUCGUUUCAAAAAGGUGACAUCAUCUUCAUUCGACGACAGAUUGACAAGAAUUGGUACGAGGGAGAACACAACGCAAUGGUCGGAAUAUUCCCCGUUAAUUACGUCGAAAUAAUACCCUACGACGGAGUGCGAUUGACGAACCGCAAAGCCAGCGAAGGCAAAGGUCGAGUCAAAUUCAAUUUUGUGGCUCAGACACCGGUAGAGCUAUCUCUAGUUAAGGGAGAAUUAGUAAUCAUCACACGACAGGUGGACGAGCACUGGCUAGAAGGCCGCAUUGGUCAGCGUCGUGGUAUAUUUCCCAUCAGCUAUGUCGAUAUUAUCCAGUCGUGUUCAACAUCCACAUCAAAUCCUAACGUCAAGACACCGACAACGGGUGGCAAUGCUCUUAUUACCAACGGAUCUCUCCGUUCCACUCACCAGUACCGUAACCAGCAACCGCAACACUUUUCUAUCCAACCGAAGAUGAGUCCGGCGAAUGCAACGUCUCAGCAUCAAUACCGAGCAGCUCCAGCACAGUAUAACAAACCCAGCAGUUUGAUGGUUGACACACGCUCCGAUCCCGUCCUAUACCGAGCGCUUUACACGUAUGCACCGCAGAAUGAUGACGAGCUUGAACUACAAGAAAACGACAUGAUCUGCGUGCUGGAAAAGUGCGACGAUGGCUGGUACGUGGGCACCAGCCAACGGACUGGCCUUUUCGGUACCUUUCCGGGCAAUUAUGUCGAACGCGUUUGAUCCGUUUUCAAACACGACGCACGACAUAUUUGAAUGAAUCGAUUGCGUAAUUUAAACACACGACAAAACACCCCACACACCUAAACUACAACACAUUUCGAGUCUUGAAAAUAUCGUUAUGGUUUAUACUGUUGUUUCAUCAUCUAUAUAUUCUUAUUCUCUAUCUCAUUUACAACUUGAUACAGCAACAGCGCCAAAGAAUCUCUCAUUUGAAUCAGAACGUGGAUCGCUACAAUUUCAGUCGAUCGUAUUUGUUUCUGCUAUAAUAUUCAUGAGCUUUUAUUCGAUCAUUCUAAACUAUGACAUGAUGAUCUGUUUUUCCUUUUGUUGUCUCAAAUAUUUUAACCUGUCCAUCGUCUUCCUACAUCAAGCUUUCUCAUCGUGAACAUUUUUUUUUUUUUUUACAAAACGAGUCAUCUGGAAGAAAAGUUUUUGCCAUCGCGCGAUUUGACAUCUAAAUGAAUGCAUACUAGUGAGUAUUGACCAGACAAAUGUCGCGGUUAUUGAUGAAGCAUCAGUCUCCUUGUUAAUGUGUUAUUUAAAAAAAAAAGAAAACGUUCAAAUAGUUAGAGAAACGCCAACGUUAGAGAGUGCCUUGGAUGGUGGAGACCAUUGUACACACAACACAAACACACUUACACCCGUUACGGCUAUCAUAGCAGAUUCGACAUUUGUGUCACAUGAGGAAGAGAAACAUUUUGACCGCGUAAUGAUGCAUCACUCUUGUUAAUCGCAUUAAUAGCCUAUAAUUUUUUUUUUCCCUUAAAAUUUUAAAAGUCUGCAUAGAAAAAUAUGUCAUUGAAAGUAUUUUCUUCUAUUUCUGCUGCUCGAAAAUUUUCUUUUCUCUCUUCAUCUUCUUUCGAAUGGUAUUCCUUUACAAUUAAUUACACACCUGAUUGUUACAUGGA